GAAGAUAAGAUAGCUGCAGGUAAAGAAGAUACAAAGGAAGAAAGGACUCCUGAUAAUGAUGAGACUGGAGCUACUGAGGAGAACCAAUAUUGCUUAAAGAGCUCAAAAUGGCAGUCCAGGUGUUAACAUCCAAGUCCUGUUCAGAAGAAGGUUUAGAUGAUGCAACAAGUCUCUUGUUGCAAUUGUCUUGGGCCAAUAAUGCCACACGGCAUGCAAUUCUAUGCCUGUUGUUAGAAGGAGCACGCACCCUGGGUCUUACUGUGUGCCAGCACAUCAGCAUGCUGCUAGAGGAGCUGAGGGAACUGAGCAAGCAUCAGGAUGAUGAAGAGACAAGAGAAGUGGAGAUAAGUACAAUGCAACAAGUGAAGGGCAUUCUUACAGACAGGUUCAAAACAGGAAGCAAUGUUAUUGUCUCAGCCCCAACAAAAUUCAAAUCAGGUCGAGAGCUUCAACUUCCAUCAAUGUCACAGCUGACAAACAAAACCUCCAGUCAACAUUUCUUUCUGCGCAUCCUUAAGGUUAUCAUCCAGCUGCGAGAAGCUGCACGGUCUGCAUUCAAGAAGAAGUUGCCACGUGGAGGCUCUCCAGACCUCUCUGCCAUUGUUGACUUUGUUGGGGACUUGGAUUAUGAAGCAGAACCUUUUAUGGACCUUGUUCGCCAGCGGGUUACAUCCCAGCAUCGCUCUCUCCAGCAGGCCCACACUCACCUAGGCACUUCAAGUUCCUCCAGAGCAGGAUUGCGUGCAGCUCUGGGUGUCAGUGACUCCAUACAGCUUGCUAGCAGUCAGCAGUCAGAGAGUGCAAGGGAUGCUGAGGAGGAGGGUCCAGGCAGUGGCUCAGAGCGUUUAGGGCAGGGUGGAUCCAGCAGGGGCACUCCAAUGGAAGUUGAUGGUGCUGGCAGUAAACAGAAAACUAAGAAGGAGGAGGAGGUUCCACAGCUGCCACGUUUGAGUGAGCAACUGAAGUUGGAGGAGCUAUGGGCUAUGCUGAGUGACUGCCUGAAGGAGCUAGCCCGCACUCCAGACCAGCAUGCUGUUCUCAUCCUUCAGCCAGCUGUGGAGGCUUUCUUCAUUGUACAUGCAGGUGAAAAAGAUGUGAAGAGAAAUGACGUCUUCACACCCAAGAGAGAAGACCAGUUAGCCCACCUUAACAUGGAGAUGGCUCCACCUUCUCCAUCACCUGGGCCAUCAUCUGCCCCAGAACACACUGUUUCUGGUAUAACAAGAGAAAACUCGUCAGCAUCUAUCACCCAUUUACCACCAGACACACAGAAGUUUCUUAAGUUUGCAGAGACACACCGAACUGUGCUGAAUCAGAUUUUGAGACAGUCAACAUUGCCAUUGGCAGAGGGACCAUUUUCAGUGCUUGUUGACCACACCCGGAUGCUGGAUUUUGAUGUAAAGCGCCGCUAUUUUCGGCAGGAGCUAGAACGUGCAGAAGAAGGAUUGCGCAGAGAAGACUUGCCUGUACAUGUGCGCCGCGAACAUGUCUUUGAGGACUCCUUCCGAGAACUUUUCCGCCGCACACCAGAAGAAUGGAAGCAAAGAUUUUAUAUCGUCUUUGAAGGUGAAGAAGGCCAGGAUGCAGGAGGACUGUUGCGAGAAUGGUAUCUCAUAAUAUCCCGGGAAAUCUUCAAUCCGAAUUAUGCACUUUUCCUGACUUCACCUGGAGAUCGUGUCACAUACACCAUCAAUCCCUCUUCUCACUGUAACUCCAACCAUCUCAGUUACUUCAAGUUUGUUGGGCGCAUUAUUGCGAAGGCCAUCUAUGACAACAAACUGCUAGAAUGUUACUUCACGCGCUCCUUCUACAAGCAUGUUCUAGGCCUGGCAGUGAAAUACACAGAUAUGGAGAGUGAAGACUACAGUUUCUACCAGGGUCUGGUCUUCCUGUUGGAGAACAACAUCAGUGACCUUGGGUAUGACCUCACAUUCGCAACAGAAAUCCAAGAGUUUGGGGUGACAGAGACAAGGGAGCUGAUGCCCAAUGGGAGCAACAUAGCUGUGACAGAGGAGAACAAACGAGAGUACGUGAAGCUAGUGUGCCAGAUGAAGAUGACUGGUGCUAUCCGACAGCAGCUCAACGCUUUCCUAGAGGGUUUCUAUGACAUCAUCCCUAAAAAACUGGUGGCCAUCUUCACAGAGCAGGAACUGGAGCUACUCAUCUCAGGGUUGCCCACUAUCGAUAUUGAUGACCUCAAAGCCAAUACAGAGUAUCACAAAUACCAGCCCACAUCGCUUCAGAUCCAGUGGUUCUGGCGGGCUCUGAGGUCAUUUGACCAAGCAGAGAGAGCCAAUUUCCUGCAGUUUGUAACGGGAACAUCCAAAGUCCCUCUGCAAGGCUUUGCUUACCUUGAAGGAAUGAAUGGCAACCAAAAGUUCCAGAUUCAUCGUGACGAUCGUUCUACUGACCGUCUGCCUUCUGCCCACACAUGCUUCAACCAGCUGGACUUACCUGCCUACGAAACAUAUGACAAGCUGCGAAAAAUGUUGCUGCUGGCCGUUAGUGAAUGCUCAGAAGGAUUUGGCUUGGCCUAACCUAGUGAUUAGCAUGACAUUAGGUACAGCGUGAGUGUGGGCACUGGACUGACUUCACGUUUUUAUUGACUUUUACAAUUCACCAAUGCAUCAGUAGUCCAUGUUUUGCACUGAGAUACGAAGACAUAACACAUGGUGGUUCAUAACCGUGGCAUACAAUUGACAUUUACAGCAGUGCCACAUCUGGUAUUAGUAUCUUUCUUUCGUCAAUGCAUCACAAGCAACCAUAGUUUGACCCUGAAAUGGACAAUAGCCACAUUUGCAAUUCAUUAGUUUGCUAACCUUCUGGUCAGCAUCAUGGACCCAUGAGCCUGCAAAGUUAGAAAAUAUAGUAGUAUAUCUGGUAAUCUUGUGUUCUCCCCCUUUCCAUCACCAUGUGCGUUUCAUAUGUUGAGGUGUGUGCUUACAUUAAAGAGCAUAUGUACAGAAACAUGCCAAGAGGCCUAGUUGGUGUUUGUGCAGUUUUACAAGCAGGUGCCGGUAGUCCAUUAGGGCGCAUUUAUGGUUGUGUUGGGUUGUAAUUGUGGGGAGCUGUAGGCAAUUUGUGUGAAUGCUUGAAAACAUGGUUCUGUUAACAUGUUAAUGAAAGAUACUCAAGGAGUUUAAGCUGGCUGUGUGAACUGUCUGGGUUUCUGUUUGAGGUUUGGUCCUUUGCUGGUUAUUCAGUUUUUGCAGAGUAUUUAGAUAGCGAUAUAUGCAUUCAAGUUAAAUUUGUGCUUAAAAUGUCUGACAAAAUGAAAAGGCAUGAAACGCCCCUAAAAGAUAGUCCUUAGCUUUCUGGGCUUUCUAGUCCAUAGCAAGGCCAUUCUUAAGUGAUUCUUAUGUAAGCCUGUUAUGAUUCUGAUCAUAAAAUAGGUUUACCUGUUCUGUACAAAUUUAAAGGUUUUUAGAUAUAAAUCUGUAAAGUUUGCCUCAGAACAUCAACUAUUUGUAAUCAUUACAUCAAAAUGUCAUGUUUGACUGCAGAAAUGUGCAAAGAUGUGCUGAGACUUAAGUUGUCAAAUUUGUGGAAAAUUAAACUUUAACAAGCA